AUGGUUUCCGCAAGUUCCAGAUCGCUUUCAUCUCUUCUUGCCCUGCCAGUACUUGCCUUCUUCUCGCUGUCAGCGAGCGCUUUACCUCGUCCUCGGACAGCAUCAAGUACGGCUGCUCUCAAGCUUGCCGUUAGAAUAAACUCGUACGGGAUCAAGAACAUUGCGGCAGCAGACCGAGCUCGAGCCGAAGUCCUACAAGCUGGGGGGAGCUCUUCCAUCAAUGCAACCAAUUCUGGGGUGAUAUACACCGCUGAUAUUGGUGUUGGGAGUCCAGCGACAUACUACACACUCCUGGUAGACACCGGAAGCUCAAAUACCUGGAUCGGGGUUAACAAAGCUUACGAGAAGACUGCCACGAGCAAGGACACAGGCAAUAAAUUCUUUGUUUCAUAUGGCGAAUGGCGGCAUCUGGAUGGAAAUUCCAUGUCUGGAGAAGAAUACACGGACACCGUAACGCUUAACUCUGAUCUGGUUAUCGACAACCAAUCUAUUGGUGUCAUACCUUGGGACUCAAUGGUGCAGGGCCCGGAUGGAAUUCUUGGCGUCGGACCAGUCGAUUUAACACAGGACACUGUCACCAAUACAUUUGAAGUUCCAACUGUGACGAACAACCUCUAUAAGCAGGGAACGAUUAGUUCGGAAGUACUUGGAGUGUUCUUUGCACCUGCUUCCUCUAAUGAUACUGGUGGCGAGCUCACAUUCGGCAGCUAUGAUGCCUCCAAAAUUACUGGAGACAUCAACUAUGUGCCGAUUACAUCAACAUCUCCAGCAUGUCGUUAUUGGGGCAUUGAUCAAUCCAUCAGAUAUGGGUCUGAUACCAUUUUGGAUGAGACUGCUGGUAUCGUCGAUACCGGAACCACCCUAAUUUACAUUGCCGCCGAUGCCUUCCUAACAUAUCAGUAUGCGACGGGAGGAAUCCUCGAUGAGGAAAGUGGCUUGUUAAAGAUCUCAUCUGAGCAGUACCAGCAACUCUCAUCCUUGUAUUUCACUACUGGUGGGGUUACUUAUGAGCUCACUCCGAAUGCGCAAAUUUGGCCUAGAUCGUUGAAUAGCUACAUUCAUGGUACCGCCGACGGCAUAUACCUGGUCGUCAGUAGCCUUGAGAAUCGCAGCGGUUCUGGUUUGGAUUUUAUAAAUGGCUACUGUUUUCUCGAGCGGUUUUACUCUGUGUAUGACACGACAAACUCCCGAGUCGGAUUCGCCACCACUGAGUACACAUAUGCCACGACAAAUUAG